AUGCCGGUUUAUGAAGCGACGACUACUUUCUUACCAGCCUCAUUCUGUGAAAUUAUGAAAUGGAGUUUAGACCUUCUUUUAUACUCCAAAUUUAGUUAUCUACGUGUUCAAAAUUCAUCUCAGGCCAUUGGCUUCUGGGGGACCUCAGGCAGCCUCCAAACCCGUGGAUCCAGGGACUUUGGUCCUACGGUUAUCGACUCUCAUGUUUUGCCCCCUCCUCAGGAACGAGAAAUCAACUUUACGUUUAGUUUAAUAUUUAGUACGUUUGUGGCCGUACUUGGUAAUUCUUUCCUCUAUGGCUUCAAUAUCGGCGUGGUUAAUAUUCCUGCCCCG